UUUUUCAUUUUUAGGUUACAUGUAAAUUUACCAUGAAUAUUAUCAGUCAAAAUUCAAAUAAAAACGAAAAAAGUAGUUAUUAUAAGAAAACUUUUGAAGAAUUUAUUUCAAAUUCUAGUUUGGCAGGAUUUGUUCAUCUAGGCGCCAAACAUCGGUUAGAAAGGUAUGUUUGGUAUCUGGUUCACAUGUUUAGUCUUGGUGGCACGCUAUAUUUAAUGAUUUAUACUUGGAAUAACUUUAUGAAAAAUCCCACAGUGACUACAGUCGAGGCUAUUGGAAGCAAAAAUAUAGAGAGGCCAAUGCCUGGAAUAUCAAUCUGUAGUCUUAAUAAAAUUAGUAGAAAAAAGGCCGAAAAAUAUGCUCAACAUUUAUCUACAAUAUCUGGAGUACCAAGAGAUGAUAUUAUGAAAAACAUUUCACUUUUAGGAUAUUUAUACGAGUAUAACAUACCCCCUAAUCCUGAACAAAUAAUACAUUUUCAAAAUUUUCUUGAAAAAUAUGACUCUACACCUAACGGUUACUACAACACUACUGAGAGACUGUACCAACUACAGCCUACUUGCGAAGAAUUACUAACAGAAUGUAAAUGGCAGGGUAGAUUUAAAAACUGUUCGGACCUUUUUGUGACAGAACUAACCAUGGAUGGAUAUUGUUGUGUUUUUAACUAUGUAUCGCAAAGAAGCACUGUGAAAAUUUCACCAGUUGUAAUUGAAAAUAACUACAAACCAAUCGAAUUUGGAACAAGAUCUAUUUUAAAAUUCACAAUUCAAUCAAAUUCGUCAGAUACAUUUUUUACUACUCUCGCUACUGAAGCCCCUGUAAAGAUUUUAAUAUCAUUAGCCACUGAUUUUCCUGACACGGUAUCAGGUGGUUUAACAGAAAAAAUCCUCGAUAAAGGAACAGAAAAAAUAUUAAGAAUUGCUUCUGUAAAAACCAUUACUACUGCAGAAGUUAAAAAGUAUCCUAUAACCAAACGAAAAUGUCUGUUUAGAGAUGAAGUUCAUACAAUCUUUGGAAGCUACAGUUAUAGCAAUUGCAUAAUGGAAUGUAAAAUAAGUAGCAUUGUAGCACUGUGUCAAUGUAUUCCUUACAAUUUUGUAACUGUUUACGAGAAUGAAAAUAAUCAAUAUUUUCAAUGUACUUUAGCUGAUUUAACGUGCCUGAAUUCAUAUUCUAAUAAAUGGAUGACUUUAUUUCCAACGGACUAUGAAGGUAAUGAAUUAGAAAGAGAAAAACUGGAUUCUAUUCAUUGCUCCCACUGUGUACCAUCAUGCUCAGAUGAUCGUUAUGAUGUUGGACAAGAGCAAAUUUUAGUGUCGUUCAUGUAACUUACGACAAAUAUAUAGGAGUAUUUAAUAAACAAGAUGUAUUUUUUUACUGGUAUGAUAUGAUAAGUAUGUUCGGAGGUCUAUGCAGUAUAACGAUGGGUUUGAGUUUCAUUUCAGUUUUUGAAAUAAUUUACUAUUUCACAUGGGUAAUUAUAAAAAAGCGUUGUAAAAUGGUUCUAAGAAAGUAGAAGAAACUGGAAAACAUUAAAGAAAACAUUUUAUAUUUAUGAAAAAUAAAGUAAAAUAGUUUAUUUAUUAAUUUUAAAUGUAAAGGUAAAGAAAAAAUAGUCCUUUGUA